UUGUGUGGUGGCUAACAAAAUUGAUGCGGAUUUGAAGGUGACACAGAGAAGCUUUAACUUUGGGAAGAAGCAAGGAAUCCCAUUUUACUUUGUAUCUGCGGCUGAUGGGACAAAUGUAGUUAAGAUGUUCAGAGAGAUGAUCACGAGAGCAGUGGAGUACAAGCCCCAGCGACUUCAUGGAUGAAGUGUUGCAGGAAUUAGAGGGCCUCAUCUUCGUGGUAGACAGCAAUGACAGAGAAAGAGUGGCAGAGUCUUCAGAGGAGCUUCAGAAGAUGUUGACGGAGGACGAGUUGAAAGACGCCGUUUUGCUGGUGUUUGCUAACAAACAGGACCUUCCCAAUGCCUUACCAGUCAGUGAGCUUACAGAAAAACUCGGCCUACAAGCCCUCCGCAACAAAAAUUGGCACAUCCAGUCAACCUGCGCCACCCAGGGCAGCGGGCUGUACGAAGGACUCAACUGGCUGUCCGAGGCCUUGACCAAGAACUAAAGAAGGAUCAGCUGGAGAGAUGAGAGAGAAAGACUGAACCCAACAGGACGGGAGAGAAGGCACAGACAUUCAAUCCAGAAACAUUUGGCCUUCCAGCACCAAUGUUCACAAAAAGGACAAGGCUGGAGGACAACAUGUAAUCAUCUUUGGAACAUUUUUAAUUACUUUUUUUCCUUCUUUUAUUAUCAAUGAUAUUACCAUAUUAUCUUUUGACAUAGUCUCUAUUUUUCUCCUAUCGUUCCUAAGCUCUUUAAACGGCGAUAUGUUGUAGUGACACAUUCAGUU